GCCCUAGGAGGAUGAACUCAGAGGCGCUUGUGUGUGGUUUCACCUCUCCAUGGUUGGCUGGUCCUGCUAGGAGAGCCAGACAAGGAGCAGACUUUAGAGAAGAUGGAGACGCCCAUGCCUCCCUCCUUCCCUCAUAUAAUCCCUCAGCUCACAUCUCUGUGUUCAUUUGGUAGAAACCCAAAAGAAAUCUCUCUACCUAUCAACCAGGGAGUCUUGUGGCCUCAACAGAUCCCAAAGUCAGGAUUUUAGUGAUUUUGCCACCGAAAUACUACUGCACCUGAGCCCCACAAAGCCCCAUGUGCCGUCUCUCCAAGGAGAAUCCUUGUGACAUACGGCCCGGUACCCAGUGGUGGCAACAAGGGGGGUACUUAGGGUGUCUUAGCCCCCCAAAAUUCUGUCAUACUCUCAUUCUUUGUUGUGAUGUUGUAAGUAAAGAGCUAUAGGAAUGUAAUUUCCUCCUACUCCCAAUAGGAUUGCCACCCGAAGGCCCUUGCUAUACAGAAUUCUGGAACCACCGUGGCACAUACGUGGAACCUGAGGAUGAGUAAACUGACACCUAGAGGGUUUGAAUAAUUUCCCCGGAAGACAUCAGGAUUUGAUUCCAGGUCUGUAACCUUGGAAGUUUUGAACUUAGCUCAUGGACUCCUAGUACCUGGCACUGAGAACAUGCUGUACAACCUCCAUACGUGACAGAUAGGGAGCUGAGAGUGCAAGGGUCUUGUCCAUCAAAACCCUGAUGGAUCAUCCUGAACGUGCAGUGAUGGUGGCCAAGGCACAGCCAGGCCCUCUUGUUGUAUUAACGAUACAGGAAGAUGAUGCGGUCACCAAAUAGCCACAGGAAACAGACACACAGGGGCCCAGAGUUCUCACUACUACCAACUCAAGUCCACCAACCUUUCCGAUGUCCAUGCUGCAGAAAGCAUUCUGCAAGGUACCAGGGGCAUAAGGGCGACUAAUACUCAGACUGUAGCCCAAACUCUCAAUCUCUUAAGGGAAAUAGGUGUGGAAACCAACAAUGGUUCUGGAGGAUAGAAGGACAAUAAUAGAAUUGUGUGUGUGCGUGUGUGUGUGUGUGCGCGUGUGUGUGUGUUGGGGGGGGCACGACAGAAGUCAUCCAGAAGAGGAAGUGGUUAUUCCUAUUGUUUAGGGAAGUCUCUAAAACAAUGUGCUUUCUGAGCUGGGAUUUGAAGGAUGAGUAGGUGCCUUAUGGGGAAACGAGGAUAUCUAGGCAGAGGAAACUGCGUGGUAAAGAUUAGUAGACCUAGCAUGUCUGAAGGAUUUCAAGUUUUGGAGUUCAGGCAGUUACAGAGAAAAGGGCAGUUUAGAGGAUAUUUGUGGCUAGUGGUUUUAUUUGAGUUUCUAUAACCUUUGAAAUUACUGAUAACACUGAUUGAGUUGUUACUGAAUGGCCACAGAAUAUGAAGUCAAGGGAGGUCAAACUGGACUGUCCGUGAUGCCAACUAUCAAGGCAGGGAGGGCUCAUGCAGGUGGAGCACAGGUAGCCCUUCUAUUGGCUGCAGCUCCAGCUCCACCACCUUCCCAGGACAUAAACAUUUCAGCCUCAGUGAAUCAUCCCUGGAUGUGAAAGGAAGCAGGCAGGCAAAGAGUGACACACGCAGCUGAGAAGAAACUCAGAGGAGAGAAUCACCGAGGAGAGUGGCCAUGGACCUGAUCCUGAGCUUUUCCAUGGAAACCUGGGUUCUCCUGGCUACCAGCCUGGUACUCCUCUAUCUAUAUGGGACUUAUUCACAUGGACGUUUUAAGAAGCUGGGGAUUCCUGGGCCGAGACCUCUGCCUUAUUUUGGAAAUAUUCUAUCCUACCGAAAGGAGGAAGUUCUGAGGUUUCACACUUUCCAGAAAUAUCAUGGACCCCACCCAGCACAUGGCCAAUUUUACAACACACCUCUAUUUUUAGCUGUUAGGAGCCUCAGGUUUUGCGGCCUCAGACGGCCCAGCUCUCUAGCUGAUUCAGCACAGAACUUGAUUUUCCAUCUGUCUUUUGGUCCAACGGGAAUUAUGAAAAAUGCCAUCUCUCUGUCUGAGGAUGAACAAUGGAAGAGAUUGCGAUCGUUGAUGUCUCCAGCCUUCACCAGCGGAAAGCUCAAGGAGAUGUUCCCCAUCAUUAGCCAGAUUGGAGACAUGUUGGUGAGGAACCUGAAGAAGGAAGCAGAGAAAGGCAAGCCAAUCAGCAUGAAAAACUUCUUUGGGGCCUACAGCAUGGAUGUGAUUACUGGCACAGCAUUUGGAGUGAACAUUGAUUCCCUCAACAACCCACAAGAUCCCUUUGUGGAAUAUAGCAAGAAUAUCUUAAAAUUUAAUCUCCUCUCUCCAUUAAUUCUCUUAAUAAUAUUAUUUCCAUUCCUCACCCCAGUCUUUGAAGUAUUAAAUAUUACUCUGUUUCCAAAAAGUUCUGUGAAUUUUUUAGCGAAGUCUGUAAAAAGGAUGAAAGAGAGUCGCCUCAAAGAUAAACAAACGGUAAAGUCUGACCACACAGGUAUCUCUUACGCUACUGGUCCAAGAGUUAAGUUUAAACCUCAGGUCUGGAGCUCUUGUGGUUUUUCUGUUUCAUUAACUUGUUUCAUCUACUUUUAUGGUUACAGGUUCAGUAAGAAGAACAAGGAGAGCAUAAAUCCUUAUACAUACAUGCCUUUUGGAAUUGGACCCCGAAACUGCAUUGGCAUGAGAUUUGCUAUCAUGAACAUGAAACUUGCUCUCGUCAGAAUCCUGCAGCACUUCUCCUUCAAACCUUGUAAAGAAACACAGAUCCCCCUGAAAUUGUUCACUGUAGGACUUACGCAGUUGGAAAAACCUGUUGUUCUAAAGGUUGUGUCAAGAGAUGCGACCGUAAGUGGAGCCUGACUUUCUCGAAGGACAUGGGCUUUGAUCUUCAAGGAAGCUGUAUCCAGGAACACCUGAGACUUUACUUACUUUGUGAUAAAACUAUUAAAUGAAGAUAGGCUUCACCUACUGCCCUUGAUGGACAGUUAGGUAUUCUGCCCAAUCAUUUAGCUUUCUCAUUGUCUGUGUGGAGUGUUAUAUAUUGCGUCAUUAAAGGAGGUGACAAGUAAGUGCCGGAUACUCAACUUCAUGGGCUCUCCUAGGACCAUCUCCAUCCACUUCCUGAUGGUAGUUAGUACCAUCUACUCCUCCUGAGCACUGAUCAGAAUGAAAAUUUCUCAACAAACUCUAAUGAAAAUAAGAAUGAUUGUGGUGACUGAAGUAGUGACAUUUAUGUCACAGAUUUUAUUUUGAAUAUUCUAAAUUAAAUAUUACAUUGAGCAAGUCAAUAAACAUCUCUUUACAAAAGUA